AUGGAUUGCGAAGAAGAAUCGGAUAGUGAGAGGGUUGGCAGGCGAUACGCAGGGGAUUUGACCCCCGUGGGUAGCUCUGUGGACAGUGAGCGCCACACCAUGCAGGAAAUUGCAUGCGCAUCCUUUCCCUGCGCCUCCGUCGGCGAAUUGAAUAGCGGGGGUUUCGUGGAAAACCCGCCGGAGGAGGUCGACGAUGUUGCCGAGGGUGGCAGCACUUUUCUGACGGCCCACCGUUCGAUGGCAUUGGAGUCGGAGGCACGCGAAAAAGGCAAUGCGGAAAAUGCUGAAAGAGUACAAGGGCGGACGCUGCUCGCUGAAGAAACUCAUUCGCCUCCUCUGACGGCUCUGUUCGGUCUAUCGGGCACACCAAAAGUGAGUUCACAGGACUCAAGCAUGUGCAGAAACCGGCGCGGUUCUGUACAAUUUAUAAAUUUUUCUUCCACAGCGUCCGAUAACACGAUGGUGGACCACGGCGCAUCGAUGGAUCAUGUUAUAGUUCGAACACCAGUCCAAAAUCCCAAUACUUGCAAGGGUUUUUUGCAGGCCUACUUCUCACAGUCUGCCAAAGGAUGCUACUUGCGAGCAUCUUGGAGAGACGCACGAGUCCGCAAACCCUGCUUAAAUGGAACUCACAAGAGGCAUUCUAGCUACAACAUAUAUAAUUGUGUGGUUGGUGAUGCUCUUAAGAUUUCUGUUGGGGGAGGUCGUUCCACCAGUUGCCCAGUUCGAUUUCCACGUGCAGAAACUUCAGGGACAUCUUGUGCUGGUUUGGAGCAAUCACCCUUUCAAUUGUCAUUGGAGCAUCAGAACUUCUCUGCUCCUAGUACGGGUUGCAGUACCAAAUGCAGCAUGAAUGCCUUGCGGCGUCAGGUUCCUGACGAGUUGUUGCAGUACCGUUUGGCCGUUCAAAAUGCCAAAAAUGGAAGAUACGGGCUGAGUAUACGAGAGCUCCUAGCAAACCCGGAUGUCGUUGAAGAUGACGAAGAAGAACAGGAGGAGGACAGUGUUGCCAUAUGUGAAAAUUAUUAA